AUGUCUCCUCCACACGAGAGCGCCCGCGCCCCGCCGGCUCGGCACAACCGGGGGCACCAGCCGUCCUUCUCCGCCGCGCUCCUCGACGCCAUCUACCAAUCCCUCGAGGCCGACGCCGACGCGCGCUCGUCCACGGAGACGCGCCCCGCGCCGGCGUCCCCGGCGCAGCGGACGCCGGGUUCAAGCCGUCACCAUCGCCCUACGGCAGCCGUAUCAUCGCCAGCCCGUUCCUCGGUCCGAUCUCCGCGGCUGCAGAGGCCGCCGCGGCCGUGCCGUGUCCGGCCGGACCCGCAGCCCAACUCGAUCCUCCUGCCGCCGCCGCCGCUGCCACCGCCACAUGAGCUGACGGGGGACCGUGCGGAGAAGAAGAGGAGGAGGAGCAGGAAGAGCAAGAGGACGUCCAAGACAAAGACGGCGCCGUUCGCGUGCCUUCUGAACGCCCUGCUCUGCAACAGGAGGCCGGCCAGGUCCAGGUCGGUCGAGCACACGCCGCAGGCGACGGCCGCUGCGUUCGCCGCGGCGCCGGAGCCGGCGUCCGCGAGGUCGAUCCUCUCGUCGCGCGCGUCGCGGCGGGAGUCCUCGGCGACGGGAGGGGUCCUGACCCCGGCGCGGCGCGCGGUGAGGUUCUCGCCCUUGGCGGUGGUGGUGGACGACGAGCGCGGCGGCGGAGCGGUCGGGACGGCGACGAGGCUGCGGGACGCCGCGGAGAUGGAGACGAUGGUGCAGGCGAAGGAGUCCGCGGCGGAGGUGGAGAGGCGGGUGGAGGAGCUGCUGCGCGCGCUCGGCGUGGCGGAGGAGCGGGAGCGGGCCAAGGAGAGCAGCGAGUCCAGCUCCGACCUCUUCGAGCUCGAGGGCUUGCCGGCGUUCGAAGACGCCGAGCGGCCGCGCCCCCCGAGUCAUAUGAGAUAG